AUGAUUCAUGAAGAAUUAGGUAGAAUACCAAUUGAACUUAUUGUUAGUAGUUGGGGUGGAACUCCUAUUGAACUUUGGAUGCCACCACAACCAUUACAUGAUUGUGAAGCAAAUUCAGAAUAUAAUCGUGACAAAUAUACAUGUACAUUUUCAAAACUGAUUCAAUCUUGGCGUGAAAUAUGGCAUGAACGUACUAAUACAAUAACUCAUAUUCAAUUUCCAUUUGGAUUUGUUCAAGUAAAUUUUGUUUAUUUUAUUCUUAUUCAUCUACGAACUAAACAUGAUGUUGCUUAUCGUUUAUCUCGAUCAGGUCUUGCUAUUGCUUAUAAUCGUUCAAUCGAAUUUCAAGGUCCUAUUCUAUCAAAUAUAAAUGUAUCGAGUGAUAGAGAACGAAUUUAUAUAACAUAUACUGCUGUACAAGAUAUUACUUUUAGAAAUUUAAAUGGAUUUCAAAUUUGUUGUCAAGGUGAAAUAUGUGCAACGAAUGAUGAUGCUUGGUUACCAUUAUCAAUUUCAGAUAAAAGUCAUUUAACAAUUAUUUUAAGAAUUCGAAAUGCAUGUACAGGAAAAUCUAUUUAUGGCAUGAAACACUAUAGUCCUGCAUCGGCAUUUUUCAAAGUAGAUAUAUCAACUUAG